AUGAAAAGAGCAAGCCUUGCCGGCAUCACGACCACCACCAUUUUCUACAUCCUAUGCGGUUGCGUCGGCUACCCAGCAUUUGGAAACGACGCCCCAGACAACUUCCUCACCGGGUUCGGCUUCUACGAGCCUUUCUGGUUGAUCGACAUCGCUAACAUCUGCAUAGCAAUCCACCUUGUAGGCGCCUACCAGGUCUUCUGCCAGCCCGUAUUCAGCUUUGUGGAGAGCAGCUGCCUGAAGAAAUGGCCGGAAAACAAGUUCAUCACGAGGGAGCACCCCAUCACCGUUCCAUUCGUGGGAACGCUCUACCUCAAUUUGUUCAGGCUCGUCUGGAGGUCUGCAUACGUCGUAGUGACAGUAGUCCUGGCGAUGAUCUUUCCAUUCUUCAACGACUUUCUGGGGCUCAUCGGGGCAGCAUCCUUCUGGCCAUUGACCGUCUAUUUCCCCGUAGAGAUGUACAUUGCCAGGGCCAAGAUCCCCAAGUUCUCCAUCACGUGGACAUGGCUGAAAAUAUUGAGCUGGACAUGCCUGGCAGUGUCGCUUGUUGCAGCGGCUGGAUCUGUGGAAGGCCUAAUCCAGUCUGUGAAAAUAUACCAACCUUUCAAAAGUGGAGAAUAAAGAAACUUACUAUCUUCACCCUUCACCAUUAAUUCGUGCUUAGGAAUGAGAGGAAAGGAUCUGGG